GGCAUAGGUGGGGCGGGGCAACACCACUAGGCCGGCAAAGGCAGGAAAUCGGGGCUGGUCCCGGGCGGCUGCCCUGUCCCUAUCUCGGCUCUGCGCGUUCCCCACCCCACCCCCUGCCCCAGGGCCUCGCCAUGGACUCAACGGAGACAGAGCUAACCCCAGCUCCUGAGGGCAGGAAGAGAUACAGUGACAUCUUCCAGAGCCUGGACAACCUCGAGAUAUCAUUGGGGAACGUGACUUUCGAUCCCCUGGCUGGAGACCUUGUACUCAGAGAAGACCUGGAGCCUGACAAGACUGACACAGCUGCCGUGGAGACUGAGGAGAACAGUGAAGCCAGUUGGAGCAACCCCUCCCCAGAAGGCCCUGCACCCCUCACAGAGGAAGAACUAGAUUUACGACUUAUCCGGACCAAGGGUGGUGUGGACGCUGCCUUGGAGUACGCCAAAGCAUGGAGCCGCUAUGCCAAGGAGCUACUGGCCUGGACAGACAAGAGAGCCAACUAUGAGCUCGAAUUUGCGAAGAAUAUCAUGAAGAUCGCCGAGGCUGGCAAGGGAUCCAUUCUCCAGCAGAGCCAAAUGCCACUCCAGUACAUCUACACCUUGUUCCUGGAGCAUGACCACAGCUUGGGUGCCCUGGCCAUAGACACCGUGGCCCAGCAGAAGAGAGACUACUACCAGCCCCUGGCGGCCAAAAGGAUGGAAAUUGAGAAGUGGAGGAAGGAAUUCAAGGAACAGUGGCUGAAGGAGCAGAAGCGCAUGAGCGAGGCGGAGCAGGCACUGCGGCGCUCACAGCUCCAGUACAUUCAACGCAGAGAGGACCUGAGGGCACGCACCCAGGGGUCCCCUGAGGACCCUCCUCUCCAGGCAUCUCCUGGAUCCAACAAGCAACAGGAGCGCAGACGGCGCUCCCGAGAGGAGGCACAGGCCAAGGCACAUGAGGCGGAGGCUCUGUACCAGGCCUGUGUCCGGGAAGCCAAUACGCGCCAGCAGGAUCUGGAGACCACCAAGCGGCGGAUAGUGUCGCAUGUACGCAAGCUGGUGUUGCAAGGAGAUGAAGUGCUUAGGCGGGUGACGUUGGGCCUGUUUGAGCUGCGAGGAGCGCAGGCAGAGCGAGGACCCCGCUCCUUCUCUGCUCUGGCUGAGUGCUGUGUGCCCUUUGAACCUGGUCAGCGCUACCAGGAGUUUGUGCGGUCACUGCAACCUGGGGCCCCACCACCGCCAUCUCCCGCCUUCUGCUUCCAGGAGUUCGCGCCUGUGGUACACAGUUUCCCUCAGGACACAAAAAAGAAGUUUUCAGGGCCUCUACCUACAAGGCUGGAGGAGGGUCCCUCUGAGCCUGGCCCUUGGGAGGUUGCCAGCUUAGGCAGCCAGGGGAUCCCAGGCAGUGAUGUGGACAGUGUAGGUGGUGGCAGUGAGUCCCGGUCCUUGGAUUCUCCCACUUCCAGCCCAGGUGCUGGCGCCCGCCGGCUGGUAAAGGCGUCAUCCACGGGCACGGAGUCCUCAGAUGACUUUGAGGAGCGAGACCCUGAUCUGGGGGAUGGGAUGGAGAAUGGAACAGGCAGCCCCUUCAGGAAGUGGACACUGUCUACAGCCGCUCAAACCCACCGACUACGGCGACUGCGGGGCCCAGCCAAGUGCAGAGAAUGUGAAGCCUUCAUGGUCAGCGGGACAGAGUGUGAAGAGUGCUUUUUGACCUGUCACAAGCGCUGCCUGGAGACCCUCCUCAUCCUUUGUGGACACCAGCGGCUUCCAGCCCGGAUGCCUCUCUUUGGGGUUGACUUCCUACAGCUCCCCAGAGAUUUCCCUGAGGAGGUGCCCUUUGUGGUUACCAGAUGCACAGCUGAGAUAGAGCACCGUGCCCUGGGCUUGCAGGGUAUCUAUCGGGUCAGUGGGUCUCGGGUACGUGUGGAGCGCCUGUGCCAGGCCUUUGAGAAUGGCCGAGCACUGGUAGAGCUGUCGGGGAACUCUCCUCAUGAUAUCACCAGUGUCCUCAAGCGAUUUCUUCAGGAGCUCACUGAUCCCGUGGUCCCCUUCCACUUCUACGACGCCUUCAUCUCUCUGGCAAAGACCCUGCAUGCAGACCCUGGGGACGACCCUGGGACCCCCAGCCCCAGCCCUGAGAUUAUCCGCUCGCUGAAGACCCUCUUGGUGCAGCUGCCUGACUCUAACUACAGCACCCUGCGGCACCUGGUGGCCCAUCUGUUCAGGGUGGCCGCUCGGUUUAAAGAAAACAAGAUGUCUGCCAACAACUUGGGGAUUGUAUUUGGGCCUACAUUGCUGCGGCCACCAGACGGACCAGGGGCCACCAGUGCCAGCCCUGUGGCCUGUCUACUGGACUCUGGUCACCAGGCUCAGCUUGUUGAGUUCCUCAUUGUGCACUAUGAGCAGAUCUUCGGGAUGGACGAGCUCCCCCUGACCUCUGAGCCCCUGACUCAAGACCCUGCCUUGGCUCCCGCACUCCUCGAAUCCAGUCCCCAGCACCCAGCCUCACUCGUUGCCCAAGACUCACAGCCCCUGACCAUAGCCUCAGAUUCCAGCCCAGACCCCAAACAACACAGUGCCUUGGAGAAGUGUCCCGAGGUCACGCCUCCUGAGCUUACGACUCUGCAGAGCAACCGAAAGGAGGAGGAGGUGGAAGACACCAGAGAUGGGGCGGGGGAUGGGUCCAGCCACUCCCCCGAGGACUUGCUCCUGGUAGCACAAUCCCGGGGCCACUUCAGCCGCCAGCCAGUGAAGUAUUCCCGGGGAGGUGUGCGGCCAGUUACUCAUCAGCUCUCCAGCCUGGCUCUGGUGGCCUCCAAGCUGUGUGAGGAGACUCCUAUCACUGUCUCAGCAGUGCACCGAGGUAGUUUGAGGGCACGAGGCCUGGGCCCUGCUGCUGCCUCCCCUGAAGGCGGCACCCUGCGCCGGAACCCUCUGCCCAAGCACUUUGAGAUCACCCAGGAGACAGCCCGGCUACUCUCCAAGCUGGACAGUGAGGCUGUGUCCAGAGCCUCCUGUUGUGCUGACCCAGAGCCCGAGGAGUCUGAGGAGCACCUCUGACCACCCACCAGCCUGAGGGACCGAGGACUGAAUUGAUGGUCCUAUAUGUCUCCCUACCUGACCCAACCUGGUGACCAAACCAAUUCCAUGGGGUGUGGGGAGAGAUGGGGUUACCGAGAGUUCAGGUAAUGAAGAUUACAUGCCUAUGGGAGUCCUGAAACACUUGGUUGAAGUGUCCCAACAUCUCCCUGCCAGAGGAGAUUUAAACAAGCAAGGCAACACAGGCGACUGGGGUCAAGACUCAAUGGUCAAUUCAGGUCAGUAGAUCCUUCAGGUCUACCUCAGUCUCUGACGUCGAGACAGGCGUCUGACUAUUUCAGUCAUAAUGGCUCCUGGUCCUGCUACCACUUGCCUCCUUGGCAGACUCCAAUUCAGCCCUGUCACCUUUAUUUACUCCUUCCUUUUGUUUGUUUGUUUGUUUGUUUGUUUGUUUUGAGCCAAGGUCUCUUUCUGUAGCUCUGGCUGGUCUGGAGCUCCCUUUGCAAACCACAAAUCCUCUGCCUCCCAAGUGCUGGCCAAGUCUGUGUUCUUACAACCUCCAAAUAAAACCCUCUUCCUGCAGCGGGCAGGACGGCCGAGCACAAUGGUGCUUGCUGUACAGCCUCGUAGACCUUCCUUGGAUCUCCCAGACACGCUUAGUGGAGAGAAUCCAUUCCUGCAAAUUGUCUGACCUAUGCACAUGCACACAAAAAAAUAAAUUUUUAAUUAAAAAAA